CGGACGCUUGAUUUCCCGGGGAACUGUAAAAGAACGUCAGCUUCAUUGGGAACCCGGUUGUGCGUCUCUGGGGAAUGGUGGCUGGCGACGUUUCCCCUACCCCAGGCCUCAGAACUGGAGAUCUGGGGGUGGGAUUUUUCACAGAAGUAGAGGGGUGCUCUCCCCCCUCCCCUUCCUCAGUUUCCACGACGCUGGUGGAAAGUUGGGUCAGCGGGAAAGUGCGGAGCAAAGAGAAGGAAACGGCGGAGGCGGGCACCGCACUUAAAAUCUUCUAUUGGCUUUGGAGUUCUCAGGCGGCAUCUGUGUGCCAGUUUUUCCGCGCGCGGGAGGGCGAGAUGGGCGCCCACAUCCACUCCUCCCCCGCUCUGAGUGCAUUUAGAUGACUUAAGGACCCCUGAUGACUUCCUUCUCUCCUCCCCAACCAGUGAGCCGAAAUGAGCGCAGCCACUGCCCAACACAGACGGUGAAGAAACUCCUGGAAGAACAGAGGCGUCGCCAGCAGCAGCCUGACGCUGGUGCAGUACCGAUUCAGUUCUCCCCUCCCCUGACCCAGCCCCUGACCUCAUCUGUGAAUGAGGCCGAAGCUGGCCAUACUCACUUCCCAACAAUCCAGGAGACUGUGGGUUCUGGAAUUGGCACCCUGGCACCCCCGACAAGCUUUCCAGACUGGGACCCCAACACACAUGCUGCCUAUACAGACAGCCCCUGCUCUUACCCUGCUUCUGCUGCUGAAGGGUUCCUGAAUCCUGAGUUCUACCAGCCCUCGGACUCAGGGCGAUCGUGUGCAUUUUCCCUAGGGAUGGAGGACCCCCUGGACACUCGGCUCUAUGCAGAACCUUCCCUGUCACAGGCAGAAUCCUGGAGAGUUUCUGGGCCCCCCUCAGUACCCCCACCAUUGCUCCCAUCCACUGGACCAUCCUUGGAGACAGCCCGAGCUCAUAUGCUGGCUUUGGGGCCACAACAGCUGCUGGCCCAGGAUGAGGAGGGAGACACGCUCCUGCACCUGUUUGCGGCAUGGGGACUACGCUGGGCAGCGUAUGCUGCAGCAGAGGUGCUCCAGAUGUACGGACAUCUGGACAUCCGUGAACAUAAGGGCAAGACCCCUCUUUUGGUGGCUGCUGCCGCCAACCAGCCGCUGAUUGUGGAGGAUCUGUUGAACUUGGGAGCAGAGCCUAACGCCACGGAUCAUCAGGGACGUUCUGUCUUGCACGUGGCUGCUACCUACGGGCUCCCAGGAGUCCUUUCGGCUGUGUUUAAAUCUGGUGUUCAGGUGGACCUGGAAGCCAGAGACUUCGAAGGACUCACACCCCUCCACACAGCCAUCCUGGCCCUCAAUGUUGCUAUGCGCCCACCCAGCCUCUGUCCUCGGACACUGAGUACCCAAGCCAGAGACAGGCUGAAUUGUGUCCAGAUGUUGCUGCACAUGGGUGCAGAUCAUACCAGCCAGGAGAUCAAGAGUAACAAGACAGUUCUGCACUUGGCCGUGCAGGCUGCCAAUCCUACCCUGGUUCAGUUGCUGCUGGAGCUGCCCCGGGGAGACCUGCGGGCCUUUGUCAACAUGAAGGCCCACGGGAACACAGCCCUCCACAUGGCAGCUGCCCUGCCCCCUGGGCCACCCCAAGAGGCUAUUGUGCGGCACCUGUUGGCAGCCGGUGCAGACCCAACGCUGAGGAACCUGGAGAAUGAGCAGCCUGUCCACCUGCUGCGACCAGGGCCGGGCCCUGAGAGGCUCCGGCAAUUGUUGAAGAGGAGCCGUGUGGCACCCCCAGGCUUGUCCUCUUAGGACUCAAACCCAGAACCUGGACUGAUUUUCCAGUCCCCACCGUCCUGUGGGACAGCCAGCGUAUGCUAAUGUUGCAAAUCCAUGAUAAUGUAUGUGGAAUGUCCUGCCAUUAGGGUCUUACAUUAAAACCCCAAAAUGGCUGCCGGGAGGGUGAACAGUCCCCAAUAUUUGGGGUGGUGUGAUACCCCUUCCCUACCCUCAAGGAGCCACCUGGAUGAUUUCCAUGAAAUCGAGGCUUCUUGAUUGUUUCUGUGAAACAACCUGGGCCCUCUGACCCUCUACCCACUAGGGUAUUUCAGGAUCCUCUCCCUUAACUCAGUCCUGCAUGUCUAGAAACCCAGAUGUAACCCUUUCAUAGGACUUGGAGCAUCUCAGCAGGGUUCCCUAACCUUCCCCAGAACCCACAUCCCUCCAGUCCUAACCCCUGAGACAUAAGAAGGACCCUGUGGGACUAGUGUCCCUGGGGUCUGUUGCUUUCAGAUUCAGUAUUCAGUGGAGUCCCUGCCCCAGAUCUCAGCAUCCCUGUGAAUCCCUCUCCCCUAAUAUGAGCCUCCUUUAAGCUCCCUAUUAAACUUUACUUAGAACAUAA